CAAACCGGCGCCCACGUGAGGGGGACGCGUGCCUGGCGGCUUCCGGGGUCCGGGCGGGCAGAACCGGGUUCGGGGACCGGGAUGGUGAAAGCGCGGCGGCCGGCCGCCGCGCGUGCCCCGCGUGCCCCAGCGCCUGAGGCCGGGCCCGUCAGGAAGCCGAAGCGGAAGAAAAGAGUCUGGAGGAACAAAGCGGGAGAAGCCGGCGGGACGCCGGGGAACGACCCCUUAGUGGUCGCGGUGCGGCCCCCAAAGGCCCCGGAGGACUUUUCCCCAAACUGGAAGGCGCUGCAGGAGCUGCUGAAACAAAGAUCACAGACCCCACAAGAGCCUCUACUUCACUCUCAAACGGAUUCCAAAAAGCAGCCCCAGCGUGUCCAACAGAAUAGAAACUGGAUUUCAGAUAAAGCAAAGAGAGAUGCGAUGGGGAUGGAAAACACAGACCCCGAGGCCAAAGGGUCCUCCGGGCCCUUGGGGUUGCUGAUGAGCAGGAAGAUACCGGCGCAGCCUAAGGAGAAAGGGGCCAGCAAAAGGACCAGUGGUGACGUGUCUCCACAGCAAGGCAGCAUCAAACAGAAGAAGCGGAAAGCUAGGGAGCCGACUGCCCCCUUGCCUCCAGCCCCGCCCACCGAAGACGACAUCUGGUUCGACGAUGUUGAUCCAGCAGACAUCGAAGCGGCCAUCGGCCCAGAGGCAGCCAGCAUAGCGAGGAAGCAGCUGGGUCAGGGCGAGAGCAGUGUCACGCUGGUGAAGGAGCGGGCCUUCGGCGGGCUGACUAAAGCCUUAGCCAUGGACUGCGAGAUGGUGGGCGUGGGCCCCAAGGGGGAGGAGAGCAUCGUGGCCCGCGUGUCCCUGGUGAACCAGCACGGCAGGUGCGUGUACGACAAGCACGUGAAGCCAACCCAGCCAGUGACCGACUACAGGACCGCGGUCAGCGGGGUCCGCCCCGCGGACCUGGCGCAGGGAGAAGAGUUUGAAGUUGUUCAGAGGGAAGUCGCGGACCUGCUCAAGGGCCGGAUUCUGGUCGGACACGCGCUACACAAUGACCUCAAGGCACUGUUUCUGGGCCACCCGAAGAGGAAGAUCCGGGACACUCAGAAGUAUAAGCCUUUCAGGACCCAAGUGAAGAGCGGACGGCCAUCUCUGAAGCUGCUUGCAGAGAGAAUCCUGGGGAUUCAGGUGCAGCAGGCGGAGCACUGUUCGGUCCAGGACGCGCAGGCGGCAAUGAGGCUGUACGUCCUGGUGAAGAGGGACUGGGAGAGCCUCUCUGGGGACAGGCGGCCCCCCGCCCCCGAGGCCGGCAGCCAGGACGCCUAGCAGGACCACGCCCGGAGCCACCCUCGCGCCUGCGGGAGCUGCGACCACGCCAGACGACGGAUGGAGCUCCUAGAGCCGGGGGCAGUUUUCAGAGACAGGCGCGUAGCAUGCAUGCCGCUGAGCUGGCUGUGGCGUCCGAGCCUCUCCUGCACAAGGGGCCAGGCGGCUGUCCCUGGGGCUCUUCGUCACCUGUCUCUGAGGGGGGCCUUUCCCCUCGCUGCUGAGGCAACGGAAAGAAAGGGACUCCGCAGACUCGCGCAUGGACCGCACAGUUGCCCCGGCGCAGCCUCGUUGAGGGGUUUUCUCUGCCACCCGGACACUUGGGGGGAUCUGAGGUUGGGGUUCCACUCACCCCACCUGUGCACGCCCGCUAUGUUUAAAUUCCAGGUUAGAGCCCGCAGCAGGCAGGGGGGCUCGGGCUGCCCAGCGCAGUUUUCCGGGAGGUGGGUGCCCCCCGACCCGGACAGACGUGUGAGCGUAGGCGCCUGCAGCGCUCCGCCCGGCCCGGGCGCGGGCUCGCUGAGGGGAGCGUGCGGCGCCCCAGGCUGUGCCGAGCCCCCGCCGGCCGUGGGGAAAGUCCAAAGCUACCACGAAGGUUGUGUGACAUAAACGCAUGUUUUUACUUGA